UGUAGUUUAGGUGUGUCCAUCAAGAUGAACCUGCUGUUGUUUAGUCCUGCUGUACUUAUGCUGUUAAUGGUCAGAUUUGGGACACUGAAAACCAUCUGGUACCUCACUAUAUGUGCUGUUCCUCAGGUUGUGCUGGCAGUUCCAUUCCUGCUAGAGAACCCUGUAGGAUACAUACUGAUGUCGUUUAACUUUGGUCGUCAAUUUUUUUACGUCUGGACCGUUAAUUGGCGACUGAUUCCUGAGGAGAUUUUCCUCAGUAAAUAUUUCCAGUCAGCUCUCCUCAUCUCACACAUCACAAUUCUCAUCUUGUUUUUCUUAUUUAAAUGGAGGAGGUUAUAUCCAGGAGCCAACUUUAGCCUCUGGAUGAAAGAAUCCAACACAACACUCUCUCCAAAUCAGAUAUUACUUCCCCUGUUCACAGCUAAUCUGAUAGGGAUGAGUUUUAGUCGGUCCCUCCAUUAUCAGUUCUAUGUCUGGUAUUUCCACACCCUUCAUUAUCUUCUCUGGUCCACUUCACAGCCUUCUAUUGUCAAUAUUCUGGUAUUAGGUGUGAUAGAGCUGUGUUGGAAUACGUAUCCUUCCACUGUGUUAAGUAGUUCCUUGUUACAUGUGUGUCAUGCUGUUAUGUUAUAUGGACUUUGGUUUUCUCCAGACUACACACCAAAGGACAAAAAACUGACAACUGCUAAAGUGAACUGAUGAAGGGAGUUGUGCAAUGAUAUACAUUAUAAUAAGAUUUACUAGUAUGUUAAAUAGAAUGUGUUCAGAUGUGCCAAGUAUUAAAUAACUUCACAUUAAAUUAUUAC